UUAGAUUUAUUCCACAUCGAUAUGUGUAACACCAAGAAUUUGUAACAGUAUUGCUUAAAUUUCGAUCGAUGAAAGCCAGUAAGAAAGUCUAUUGUAAUUCGUGAAUGGUCGCGACCCGACUGUAUUUAUACAUGUGCAGGUAUGGCUGUGGUUUUAGUCGGUGCGAGUCUGUUCAUCCUCAUAAGAAUUAAAUUCCCGACAACGGUCUACCGAUUAAAUGCCGAUAAGCCGAUAAGUACGUUUCUUUGACCUUCGGGAAGAGUCAGGUGAAAUUGCAUAGUGCAGUGUGUCGAGUGUUAGGAAGGAUUAUAUGCUAUUGUGGAAAAUGCGAUUCUCUUUGAUAACAUGGAUUCUCAUAAUUGGAUUAUUAUCACUGGUAUAUGCCAAAGAUGCAGAGAAAAGUAGUUCUGAUAUCACGAAAUUGGAGGUUGUAGAAUUGAGUGAAGCAGAAGCUGAUAGCGAUUCAAAGAAAUCAGACGUUCAAAUAAAAAGGAAUUCAGGAUAUUCGUAUAAUAGACCCAAUACGAGACCCAGAUUACAAUCCGGUCAAUCGGGAUAUCGAGGAAGAAUUGUUACGAGGAUUCCAAGUCAAAUAACUAGACCAUUUAACAAAUAUGGUCCACCUAGUCAACAGAAUUUAGGAUUAAGUAGACCAAAUGUUCAACAAAAUCGAGAUAAAUUUCAACAUCAUGGCCAAUCUUCCCUAAAUCGUUAUCCGAAUAAUCAGCAAUCCAAUAACUUCCAGAAUCAUGGUAGUGGUUUAUGGGACCAGGGUAUACCAAGUCCUAUAAGAAAUUUUGAUUUUGCUGAAGUAAGUCCUAUUGCUAGUCAAAACAAUGAACCAUUUGGAUCAAACACAGCUAAUUAUUUGCCACCUAGAAAUCAAAAGUUACCAGCUUAUUCACCAGCCGAUAGUUUUUCUCCUCAACAAGCAUUGUCAACGUCGCAAGGUCAAAAUAUUAAUUUUCAGAAUCAAAAUAUUCCUCAAUCAGAAGGAAGUCAGAUAUCCGAUGCUGCUUUAUUUUUAACACAAAACGCACAAGCUUUAGAACAAUUAUACGGUGCUCCAGCAACGAGUCAAGAUUUUGCACCAAGUAUUAAUGAUUAUAUCGAUCAAAAUAAUAAUCAGAUUCAAAAUCCGAGUGGUCAAUUUCAACAAUUCGAGAAUACCUCACCAAAUCCUCAAAUCUUUCGAGGACCAUUACCUUCUUACGCCUCGGGAACAUUGAAUUCUCAAGAGACACUUGAGCAAAUACAGUCGUUAGAAAAAGAUAGAUUGAUUGCACAGCUGCAACAAGCAUUGGCUCAAUCCCAAGUCCAAUCUCCUAAUAAUGAAGGUAGAUACGCGCAAAAUCAUGGCAAUUAUCCUCAGAAUCAGGAUCUCUUGGGUUCAAUUGGCACGGAAUUUCCGCCGUUAGGUACAACGACCGGUCCAAUCAAAUUCCCCUUAGGCUAUGGCUUCACCACAACGACGACUCAAUCACCGAGCACCAGCACGACAACGACAACCACAACUUCGACGGGACGUCCUGUUCCAACUAACAAAGGUGACGGUACCACGCAAAUCGGUGUAAACGUUCCUGUUCCGGGUCAACCAGGAACUGCAGUAGUACCUUCCCUGGGAUUCCCUUUGUACGGCGGGUUCGUACCAACCUUCGUAGCAAAUGUUCCUAGCUAUGGAGUUUAUGCUCCAGGAACAGUGACUUCAGUACAAUCAUCAGGAUCAUCAUCAACUCACUUUGGAAUACCUAUUCCGACAGAUCAAGGGCAUAAAGGAAUUCAACCUCAGACACCCCAGCUACCUCCAAAAACACCACCGACAGCUAAUCAACCUGGAGUCGUAACAUCAACACCCGUUCAAUCUGCACAUCCAACUACUCCUUUACACCCUGUCGCUACACCAAUUCAACCAAUCCUUCCAGCAACUCCGACCAACAUUCAACCCUCCGUAAGUUCGACACCGAGUCAACAUCCAACUUAUGGCCUACAAACACCUCUGAUCAAUCCUUUGAUCUAUAAACCAAUAAAACCUGUCUAUCCGGUCUACUAUUAUUCGAAUCUAGCUUAUCAAUUACAAAAGCCAGCAUUGCCAACUUAUCCAUGGAGUUAUGCACCCUCGUACCUAUCAACGAAACCAGCACAACUAUGGAAAUAAGGUGAUACCGUUCCUUUAGAACGAAGCAGGACUCGUUCUCCCACGUACUCGUGGCUUUUUCACUCUCUCGAAUACGAAAGAAAGUUUCUAAGAGUUCGAAAUACGGAGACUUUGAAAGCACAUCACAAAAAUGACGAUGAAGAAGAAAAAGAACAAGUCGAAUAGAUAAGAUACGAAUCCCAAUAUGAUUUGAAGGAAUGUUAUAUUAAUCUAAAACGAACGUAAUUAAAUAAUUAUUAAGUAGAACAUCUAAGAGAGCUACUUAGAUGACACUAUUAUCGAAGUCAGCUUCAAGUAUCGAUAUACGAUACACUUUCCUUUGGACUAUCGAAUGACGUUCGUGCUCCUUAUGAACUCUCAUGAAUAUUUCUUAACUUUAGAU